AUGUUAACCAGUGAAACGGUAACAGUCCUGGAGGAAUCUAUCAUAAAUUGUGAAACAAUUGACCAGCUCAACAGUUUCAAGACUCAAUUGCUGAAUCUUCAAUAUGAAGGUACUACUAAUUACGACCGUCAACGGUUCUUAAAUAAAAUCGAAACUUUGAACAAAUUAAUCGAAAGUAAGAAAAGCUCCCUUUCAGAAACAAAAUUUCAAUUCCAAGGACAGCCACAAAAACUUGAAACAUACGUAAAUACCAAUUUCAAUGAAUUCAAAAUCGCCCCCUAUAAAGAGGGCAUUGAGGACGAAACGCUAUUAAUCGAUCACACUAGUCAUUUAGUCAUUAAAGACUUCAGAAAUUGUCUAAUUAAAGAUGAUUUCAAGAGCUCAUCAGUAAACUUGAUUGAUGGUGAAGAUUCUAAGAUCAAGAUUUUCAUCAAUGGAACCAUCUACUUGAAUAAUUUACACAACUGUAUCCUACAUCUACAAUUUCAUCAACUAAGAAUCCACAAUUGCCUGCAUUUAUCUAUCAAGGUAAACUCGGCCCAAACUUUAAAAGACAGUAUCAUUAUUGAGAAUUGUAAAGAGUUGCUAUUUAACAAGGGGGUCAAAGUGCAUGAUUUUGAUUCAGCUUUGGUGGUAUCCAAUAACUACCAAUUAGUAGAUUUGGAUAAUAUGGACCCUAUUGAAUGA